GUGAACGGGGUGUAUAGAUUAAAUGUGUGUAUGUAUUUUCUUUCUUCACAUGAUUAUGUGUAGCAAAUGUUAAAUUCUUAACCAGCUGUUUUUCAGGUCUACAGAUUUAAAGAAAAAGAAAUGUAGAUCUCAGAAGGUGGAGAGCUCCUCUCACCACCUCCUUCCUGCUGUAGAGAAGCCGACAGAGUUGGAACUGGACCAAGCAAGCAUUGCCCUGUGGCUGUGCCUGAGGUAAAGGCAACUUUGAUGUUACCAGAGGCAAAAUUAAUUGCCAUGUCUUUGAAGGCUUGUCUAAAGAAAUGAAAGAAGUGGGGAGGUUGUAGAAGAGGUUGACUGGGGGAAAGAAUUCCUUCCUGGACUGUUAUAUUGGAGCAUAAUGGCUGCUGGAGAUUGCACAGCAAUUGCUGAGAUACUAAGGAAUCAGGCACGUGGAACCAUGUCUGGAAAACCCAAGCUGCACUACUUCAAUGGACGAGGUCGAAUGGAGACAAUUCGGUGGCUGCUGGCAGCAGCUGGGGUUGAGUUUGAAGAAUCCUUCCUGGAAAAAAAGGAGGAUCUGACAAAGUUACAGAAUGACGGAUCCCUGCUCUUCCAACAAGUGCCAAUGGUAGAGAUUGACGGGAUGAAGCUGGUGCAGACCAGGGCCAUUGCCAAUUACAUAUCAACGAAGUACAACCUCUAUGGGAAGGACCUGAAGGAGAGAGCCCUAAUCGAUAUGUACGUGGAAGGAUUGUUUGAUCUGAAUGAUUUACUCAUGACACAUGAAAUCCUACCAGCAGACAAAAAAGAUCAACAUUUUGCUAAUAUGAUGGACAAGGCUGAAAACAGAUACUUACCGGUCUUUGAGAAGGUUUUGAAAGACCAUGGAAAAGACUUUCUUGUUGGCAAUCAGCUGAGCAGGGCAGAUGUUCAGUUACUUGAAAUCCUUAUAAUGGCGGAAGAGUUCAAGCCUGAUAUAUUUGCCAAAUUUCCUCUCUUGCAGAGCUUCAAAGCAAAACUAGGCAAUAUCCCCACCAUAAAGAAAUUCCUGCAGCCUGGCAGCCAGAGGAAACCACCAUCAGAUGAGAAGGUUGUGGACCAAGUGAUGAAAAUUUUCUACUCCUGAGCUGCACCCUAAAGCCACAGGAACUUUGUUUCACUGUAUUUGCAGACAGUAGCAGAGUGAAAUUAAUGAAAGGAGUGGCAAUAUCAAAUGAAUGGAAAGAGUGGAAAAAAGGUUUAUGUUCUCUCUUUAGCUACAGGACUCGUUUUAGCCUAAAGCAGACAUUUCCAGGUGAAGCUACAUGAGCCUACCUGCAAAGGAAAUAGUGCAGUGAUUAAGAUAUAGGUUUGGACAACACAGGAUGCCUUAAAUAACUAAAGAGAAGACCUGAAAUAAAGUUUUACUGUUGAUACUCAAAA